AUGGUUAUCCAUACUACAAUCAUGUGCAGAUUCAGCGGUCUAGAGUUUUGUAAAAGUAUAUUUUGUCAGUUGACAAACUGGAAUAAUAAUAUUCCGGUUUCGUUAUCAACCAUACAAAUUAGUGCACAAAUUUUCACAUUUUCACUUACAAUCAAGACCAUGCAAUCAGCGUCUGGUCCAGGUACCACCAUUGUUCAUCUAUCUCCGAAAAAUCAUACAAUUUUACAACAAGGUGGUCAACAUGUCCUACUUAGUAAAAUUGCUUCCGACUCUACUAGUAAUCGUCCACCAACAAGUGGAGUGGAAACUAGUUUAUUACAAACAGCACAUUCAAAUAACUCACAAACUAUAUAUCCAGCACAUUACAUUGAAGCUAUCGCUGAACAAACUGUUUAUACUGCAAAUGGAGAAGGCGGUGGGAUUCUCGAAAUUAAGUCUGGUACGCCAUUAAGAAAACUAUUUGCAUCAGUCACGAAAUCUUUGUCUGGACAAUAUCAAGAAUAUACACCGAUUAUUUAUGCUCCUGUUUCAGGCGGACCAACAUAUUAUCAAACAGCUAAUGGACAAGUUUUAGCUACUGCGUUUGGUGCAGCGAAUAGUGCAACAGGUCAUGUUGGUGCCUUACAUACUGCUGCGGCGGCACAUACAAAUUUAACUGCCACAGCUGGUGUUGGUCACGCCCAAUUAGUUACACACCAAGGUGCAACAUAUUUAUUACAAAGUGGUCAAUUAGAUGAUGACGGAUCCUCCAUAUCCCAUACAGCAAAAGCUAGUCCUGUCACUGUUCAAUGGCUUGUUGAUAAUUACGAGACAGCUGAUGGUGUUAGUCUUCCACGUAGUACAUUAUAUUUUCAUUAUUUACAACAUUGUAAUGAACAUAAAUUAGAGCCAAUGAAUCCAGCAUCAUUUGGUAAAUUAAUACGUUCAGUAUUUUUUGGCCUACGUACACGACGACUAGGUACACGUGGAAAUUCUAAAUAUCAUUAUUAUGGUAUUCGUAUUAAGCCAAACUCACCUUUAAAUCAUUUUAUCGAAGAUGCUGGUUUCUCACUUCGACAUUAUCCUAAUUAUCAUCGUCAAACAAUGGAAGCUGCAGCUGAAUGGAAAAAUUUCACAAAUUCUUCGUUAAAUCGAUUGAAAUCUUUAAGUACAAAUGGGAAUGGAGUCAAUAGUGGAGGUGUUGGAGUUGGGAACACUUCUUUUGGAUUAAAUAAUUUAGCAUCUCAUGUUCAUUCAACAUCACAUAUCUCAUGCAGUAAUGCCAGUAGUAAUAUUAGUAGUAGUAAUUCUCAGUUAUCAUCUCAUUACGGUACCAGUACAACAGUGACAACAUUCCGUUCUUCAGAUAAAUCAAUGUUAAAUAAUAAUCUUUAUGUUGGUAGUGGAAGUCUUUCUUCACAUUCCACUAGUCAAAAUGUUGAUAGUGUUACGACAAAUUCAGUAACAAGUCCUUUAUUAUCUUCUAGUGGUGUUGGCAAUGGUCAACAUCAUGCACAUUUUCUUGGUGAAGCUAGUUCCGCAUUGCCUAAUCUAGAUGAAAUAUGCCGAUCAUCUGGUCUUCCUGUGCCAAGUGAAGUUGAUUUGCCAGAGAAUAAAAGUCGUUUAAAAACAGUUGAAACAUCGAAUAAUUUAUCAACAAAUGAAGAUGUAAUUACAUUUUGUCGUCUUUAUGCUUUAUCCGCUGGUUAUAUGCUUGAUGCUGUAGUAAAUUUAGAUUUUACUUCAAUUGAAACAGUAUGGAAAGCAUUUUGGUGCACUGAAGAAGUACGAGAUUCUCGGUUAAAACAAAGUUUAUCACAAGAACGAUUAUAUUCACUCGUGUCCGAUCCGGCCAUUUUACAAUUCAUUCGACUUUAUGAUCAUACAUUCUAUCAAUCAUUAGCUGAAGUUUUAAUACCAAAUGUCCUUCGACCUAUUCCGCCAACUCUUACACAAGCAAUUCGUAAUUUUGCAAAAUCUCUUGAAGGUUGGAUGCGUCAAGCUAUACAAGGUUUAGAUACAGAUCUUAUUAAUUUAAAAAUAUCCGCUGUAUGUGCAUUAGCACAAACUCUUCGACGUUACACUAGUUUAAAUCAUUUAGCUCAAGCUGCUCGUGCUGUAUUAAAAAAUGCUAAUCAAAUUAAUCAAAUGUUGGCCGAUUUAAAUCGUGUCGAUUUCAAUAAUGUACAAGAACAAGCUUCAUGGGUAUGUCAAUGCAGUGAUUCUACUGUUAGUCAGUUAGAGCAUGAUUUUAAACGUAUUUUACAAAAGCAUGCAUCACUGGAAGAAUGGGCUCAAUGGUUAGAUACAGUAGUGACUAGCAUCUUACAACCACUUGAAGGCAAUAGUUUGGCUUAUACAAGAGCUGCACAUCAACUAGUAUUGAAAUGGUCUUUUUACAGUUCAAUGGUGAUUAGAGAUCUGACGUUGAGAUCUGCAUCGAGUUUUGGCAGUUUUCAUUUAAUUCGACUAUUAUAUGAUGAGUAUAUAUUUUAUUUAGUUGAGCACAAAGUCGCUGCACAUUUAGGCAUGACACCGGUCGCUGUUAUGGGUGAAAUGGGUAGGGAUAUUACUCAAAAACAUUGUGCUCAAAAUCGAUUACAUUUGGACAAUCGUAAUGUUCCUGGGAAAUCUUCUAAAUCUAUUCACAAUAAUAAUAAUAGUAAUACAACAGUACAUGAUUCUCCACAACAUGAUAAUUCGAAUUAUUUGCCGUUUGUUAAUGAUGAUAAUAACAAUGAUAACAAUAAUAAUAUAGAUCAUACAAAUCCUAUAUUUCAUCAACAAAAGCACUCAGUUAAUUUAACUAAAGACCGUGUUGCUGUUGUAGGUAAUAAUGAUUGUAAUCCGAACACUAACACUGAUAAUGUUAUUAGUCGCGAGAAAAAUAGACGGGAACAACAACAAUUAGACAGUGAUGGUGUCAUUGUUGACGAAGAUGUCAUGGAUCAUCAUCAUGAUGAUGACGAAGAAGUGGAUGAUUUCGAUGAAGAAGUUGAUGAGUACUUAGACGAUGAAGAUGAAGUGGAUGACUCAUUAGGUGAUGAAAAUGCCAUGUUAAAAGAGGCACAUGCUUCAGCACAAGCUUAUUGUCGAAACUCUUCAAUCGCUGCGACUUCUACUUCUACUGUCCUGAUACCUCAAUCAUUAGAUUCAACUGAUGAUAUGCCCAAUACUACUGGCAUGAAGAAAGAUACUUUGAAAAUGGAAGAUGAAGCAAGCCAUGAAAAACAGUCAAACAUUCAAGAUGUUAUUGUCAAUGAUCCUCACGAUAACAAUAAUGAUAUUGUUGACGACGAAGUGGUAGUAGAGAACACUGACGAAGGAACCGAUAACAAUAAAAAUAAAUUAGAGAAGUUAACUCAAAAACAUCCGAAUCUACUCAAUAAUGAUAAAAUUAGUUCAUCGACACCUGUUGAAUUAACUGUUCAACAAUCCAAUAAAGAUAAAAUAUCAACCAGUACAACGACAACCACUGGUAGUUGUUCUCCACCGUCAAUCGUAACAAUGCCUAAUCCUGUACGUAAAGUUGUCCGUGUCACUACAUUUUGUGAUGCAAAACAACCAUCAGUAGUUGUAGAGUCGUCAUUUGCUAAUUCUACACCAUUUACAACUACUGUAGCUACUACUACUAUUGCUUCUACCACUGCUACUACUCCACGUUCAAUUAAUGUAAAACAAUCACCACCUGGAUCAUCAACAAUAUCAACACCAACAAUAACAAUUAAUUGUAAUAGACCAAUUGAAAUUCAUCCUUCUUCUUUUCAUAUCACUACAACAACUCCAUCUUCUAUUAUUAAUAAUGGUAAUACAACAAUAGUAAAUAAACUAAAUGUUACUACCAAUUCAACUAUUCCUACUGAUAUAAUCUAUGCAAAACGACCAAAAUUAUCCUAAUCACCAUGUAUACCUUCGUAUUUGUUUCAAUGAAAGAACCUCAUUAUUAAUAUGUGCAUUACAAUCAUUAAUUAUUGCAUAUCACAAAACUGGUGAAAGGCAGCAGUCAUUAAAGAUAAUAAAGUGUGUGUUUUUU